AUGAAGACUAUCGGCAUCAUCGGCGGCAGCACCGACAUCGCCACCGUCGAGUACUACAAAAUCAUCAACGCCACGGUGCGGGAGCAGCUCGGCGGCCUGCACACGGGUGAAAUCAUCAUCAACUCGAUGGACCUCGCGCGUAGCGCACACUACGUCCGCCACUCUCUUUGGGACGAAGGCGGCGCCUACCUCGCCACCAAGGCGCAGAGCCUCGAGCGCGCCGGCGCCGACUUCCUCCUCGUCGUGUCCAACACGUGGCACCGCGCGUCGCCCGUCUUCAUGGCCGGCGUGUCCAUACCGCUGCUGCACAUUGCGGACCCCACGGCGGCUGCGAUCCGCGCUCAGGGCCUGUCCAAGGUGAUCUUGCUCGGCACCAAGGCCACGAUGGGCACGCCGUACUGGGCGGAGGAGUUUAAGGCGCGCGGCGUUGUGGUGGUGGUGCCCAACGAGGCGGAGCAGACGCUGAUUGAUGAUGUGAUUUUUAACGAGCUUAGUUUCUGGCAGUUUAGGGACGAGUCGAGACAGCGGUACUUGGAGAUUGUUGAUCGGUUGGUGCGGGAAGAGGGCGCGCAAGGCGUCGUCUUGGGGUGUACCGAGAUUCCCCUGCUGGUGAGGCAGGAGGAUAGGCCUGGCGUGCCCAUGUUUGACACGCUGACGCUGCAUGCCAAGGCCGCAGCACUGAUGGCUGUCAAGGAGGAUGUAAAAGUGAAAUGA